AUGUGCGAGAGCUACGCGCGCUCGCUCCUGCGUGUGUCCGUGGCGCAGAUCUGCCAGGCGCUGGGCUGGGACGCCGUGCAGCUGAGCGCCUGCGAGCUGCUCUCCGACGUGCUGCACCGCUACCUGCAGCAGCUGGCCAGAGGCUGCCACCGCUACUCGGAGCUCUAUGGACGGACGGACCCUAUGCUGGACGAUGUCGGCCAGGCCUUCAGACUGCUGGGGGUAAACCUGAACGAGCUAGAGGACUACAUCCUUCAUCUGGAGCCGGUGCCGUUUGCCCGCCAGACACCUCUUUUCCCCGUCAGCAAGAACAAUGUGCUGCAGUUCCCACAGCCUGAAGCCUGGGAUGCUGAAGAGAGGAAGGACUACAUCCCCGACUACAUGCCUCCCCUCGUCUCUUUGCAGGAAGAGGAAGAGGAGCAGGUUCUUGCAGAUAUGGGCACCUCAGCUGAGGCUAUGCAAGUUGCCUUGGAUGAAGCAGAAGCCAACAUGGAGGAGGAAGAGGCAGUCAAUGAUGAGAAUUACCUCGGUAAAAGGCACUUAGACAGCCCUGACUCCUUGGACCUCAUGCCUGCCAUGAAGAGGUCCCGUCUGCCUGGUUUCAAGUCAACAGACAGCCCAGAGUGGGGAAUAGAGCCCCGUGAGCCACUUAGCUCUCUGAACCCUCAGCGCGUUCCCCAAACUGCGCUGCCUUAUACCCAUUCCCACGACAGCUCCAGCUCGCUGUCUUUCUCGCUCGAACCAGCAGGGCUUUCUCCAGCAUCCAAGACACAGCCACCUGCUAUGAGGCUGGCUGAAUUCACGUCAUCCUCCACACCACACCGGAAGCCCAAGGUUAACUCACCUGGUAAACCAAAAUUGAAAUGUCCCAAAGGGGCUAGUCCAGCUCCUGGUUCUGGAGGUCCCAUAUGUUCACCGAAAGCUCUGCAGAAAGAGAGAAAGAAGUCGCCAGUUCGGACCAAGAGCCCAAAGAGCCCUAAGAGUCCCAAGACGGGCUCCACAAAGGUGUUCAGCCCACCUGUGAAAGUGGAGACACAGCUGAGACCACCCACAACCAUGCUAAGUGAGAAGAUGGCAAAAGAGAAUCCCCUCCAACAUCAAAGCCCAACUCCAGCUCCAGAGCCAGACAAACCUCUCCCAGAAACGCCACAUGAAACCCUGGAGCCCCAUGACAACACCAUUGAUGACUCCAUUGACGCGGUUAUUGAAAGAGCACGUGCAGAGAAUGGACCCGACCCAUUUGCUUUUGCCUCAGGCUCCGAGUCCGAGAGCGACACGUUCUCGAGUCCGAGGAGACUGACCAUUUCGGAACCGACAACACCCAAGCUGCUUGUCAACACAAACAACUUUUCCAAGGAUGCAUUGGUGCCUGUACCUCCGAGUACUGGCGUUGUUGCUGGCAUCCCCAAUUCUUGGACAAUGGACGAUUCCAUCAAUGAGGUCCUACGGAAAGUAAAUCAAGGGGGUUCCUCAGGCACACCGCCAAAUCCCACAUACUUGUCCUCACCUUCAGCCUCACCACCGACCCCCCAACCUCUGCUCAAGGUGUAUGAGGAGAGAAACAAGCUGGCUGCUUCAACAGAUAUCAGAAAGAAACUGAAAAAGGAACUCAAGGCCAAAAUCAAGAAGAAAGAGAAAGAUAAGAUAAAAGAAAAGGAUAAAGACCGUGACAAGGGUAAGAGCAAAGAGAAGAACAGGGAGAAGAACAGGCACAAGGACAAGGAGUUUGGUAAGGAAUCCAAGUUGCCUUGGAAGGACCUUCCCAUCAAGGAGGAUGAGCAGCGGGAUCUCUUUAAGCCCCAUGAGUUCAAUGAGCUUGUCCCUGCCAAGGUGAAACCCAAAGAGAGCGGCGGCUCAAGGAAGGAGAAGGACAAGCACAAGGACAAAAAGAAAGAUAAAGAGAAGAGCAGGAAGGAUAAGGAGAAGAGAGACAAGUCUAAAGACAAGGCCAAGGAGGACCGGCAGAAGUCGUCUGCAGCCUCGCUUCUACUUGACCUGAAGGAGGCACCACUGUUCAGCCCUGCAGCAUGUCUGCGCCUCCCGCCCAUGCUUCCCAUCGCUAUCCCUGACAUGCAGUUCCUUGACAAGGACAAGGUUAAAUGGAAUCGUUACCGACGCAUCCAGAUGAACCAGUUUUCUCCCAGUUGGAACUCGGAGGUCCUGUGGUACACAAUAAAAUCAAGAGCUGUAAAGGUAGAACCUCCAGCAGCUGCUCAGUCCCCAGUCAUUCCCCGACUCACUCUGCGUGUUGGAGCUGGACAGGACAAAAUAGUCAUCAGCAAAGUGGUCCCUACCCAAGAGGUAAAGACCCCGGCACCAAAGACUCCAGCUGCCAAAGCUGUACCUGCCAUUCGGCCUCGGACACCACCUUCUGUGCCCAUUCUGGUCCCAGUUCCCCCGGUGCCAGCCCCGACACCACUGCACCCGCUUCCUGUCGCUCCCCCAGCAGCCACCCCUGCACCACUGCCACCGCCCUCCCCCACCCUGCCGGCAACUGUGUUCUCCAAGACGCCCGUACGCAGCGUGGUGACAGAGACUGUGAGCACCUACGUGAUUCGAGAUGAGUGGGGGAAUCAAAUUUGGAUAUGCCCUGGGUGCAACAAGCCGGACGACGGAAGUCCAAUGAUUGGAUGCGACGACUGCGAUGACUGGUAUCACUGGCCCUGCGUCGGGCUCCUGGCUGCACCCCCUGAGGAUGUCCAAUGGUUCUGUGUCAAGUGCGAGAGCAAGAGCAAGAAGAAGGACAAGGACAAGAAGCAUAAAAAGAGGAAACACAGAGCGCACUGA